AGCGCCCCAUCCCCAUAAACCCAGUGAGAGUGUGAGACGCGGCCUUACCCCUCGCCGGUUGCCGACCAUGGAGAAGGAGGCCGCGGGGGAGGCGCGCGAAUCCCAUGGGACCGCACGGAAGCGGGCACGGACCGGCGGCGGCAAGGAUUUCAUUGCCAGGCUCUCCGACGACAUCCUCGGCACCAUCAUCUCCCUCCUCCCCACCAAGGACGGCGGCCGCACGCCCGUCCUCUCCUGCCAAUGGCGCCACCUCUGGCGCUCCGCGCCUCUCAACCUCGAGGUCAGCAUCCGACCCCCCGGCGCCGCCGGCCCCGUCCCCACCCCCUCCCGCGUCCAACCCUCUGCCGUCUCCCAGAUAAUCUCCCAGCACCAUGGCCCCGCGCGCCGGUUCUCCUUCCACUGCCGCGGCGCCGGCGACCUCUGCGCCCAGGCGGAGAGCUGGCUUCACUCCCGGGCCCUCGCCAACGUCGAGGAGCUCGACAUCGCUCACGCCAACCCGCGGCUGCUGGCGUCAGUGCUCCGCUCCGCAUCCACCACCAUCCUGGCUGCCAAGAUCAAUGGUUGUGAUUUCCCCCACGAGAUCGUGCUGGCCAUGAAUUUCCCCAGUCUCAAGAAGCUCACCCUGUUUCACACUUCCAUCUCAGAGGACGUCUUGCACGCGCUGCUCUCCGGCUGCCAUGCCUUGGAGAGCUUAUACAUGGCCGAAGUUUCUGCUGCUUGUCGCCUCCGUGUUAGCUCGCCGACUCUUAAGACCAUUAUCUUCAGCCAUAGCUCUAGUGAAAUGGCACAACUGGUGAUCUUGGAUGCUCCUCGCCUUGUAAGGCUGCUGUUGCCGUAUUAUUACGGAAGCGAUCGUGUGACUAUCAGGGUAGCUGGGGCGCCUAUGCUGGAGAUAUUGGGCCCUUUCAUAGCCACCGUCUCCAAUAUCCUACUCUUUCAGGGAAUAAGCCCGGUCAGCUCGGCAAACUCGAUGCGCACCAUAAAGGUUUUGGCUCUCAGAUCUUCUGCAGAUAAGUUGCAUGCGGUUCUUAACAUCCUCAGGUGGUUCCCCUGUUUGGAGAGGCUCCAUGUCACUUUUGGUAAACACUAUGAUAUGGAUCAGCAAAAUGAGCCUCAACAUCACCCACUACAUCCAAUCGAAUGCCUUGAGGCCCAUCUCAAAAAAGUGGCGUUUAAGCCAUUCCAGGGCUAUGGGAAACAGGUUGAAUUUGCCAAGUUCUUUGUAUUGAAUGCAAAGGUACUAGACAAAAUUGAAUUUGAAGCAUAUAAUCACUACUGCAUUGAAAUGGUGGGUUAUGAACACAAGCUGCUACAAGUGGAAAAUAGAGCCUCUCGACACGCUCGGUUUGUAUUCAAGAUUAUUUCAUACUGACUGAGUACCAUGUCAAUAAGCAUAAGCAUGAUUGGUCAGUCAGUAGCCGACCCCUUCCGACAGCCUUAGACAGGGUUAAUGUUUGAAGAUUGAAGUGUCUUGUGCUCAUUUGGUAGGUGGUGUUGAUGCCUAAAGAUUGCACCAUCUUCCGCUGUCUGCUCUGUUUCUAGUCUAUAGUUGCUUUGUAGUUCCAGUAACUUAUUGUAUUGAAGUUUGAGUUUUACUGAAUGUAACUUAGUGCCAUCUGUCUUGUACAAAUUAGCUACUCCCUCUGUAAAGAAAUAUAAGAUCUUUUAGAUCACUAGCUAGUAAUUUUACUCUUUCCUAGAGCAAUUAAAGCAUUGGAUUUGGCCAAGGACCUGAAAAUAAUGUUGGCUUUGGCAGGGA